AUGGUUGGCGCUGGCGGCAUCGGCUGCGAACUGCUCAAGAACCUGGUCCUCACUGGCUUCGGCGAGAUCCAUAUUGUCGACUUGGAUACGAUUGACCUGAGCAAUCUGAAUCGCCAAUUCCUGUUUCGCAACGAGCACAUCAAAAAGUCAAAGGCUCUCGUUGCAAAAGAGUCGGCUGGGCGCUUCAACCCCAACGUCAAGAUCGAAGCUUACCACCAGAAUAUCAAGGACUCCCAAUUCAACGUCGCAUGGUUCAGAAAGUUCCAAAUCGUCUUCAAUGCGCUGGACAAUUUGGAUGCGCGGCGCCAUGUUAACAAGAUGUGCCUUGCUGCCAAUGUUCCGUUGAUCGAGAGCGGCACCACGGGCUUCAAUGGGCAGGUUCAGGUCAUCAAGAAGGGCGAGACCGAAUGCUACGACUGUACCCCUAAGGAGCAACCCAAGUCCUUUCCCGUCUGCACUAUCCGGAGCACACCCUCACAACCCAUCCACUGCAUAGUCUGGGGCAAAUCAUACCUUUUCGCCGAGAUAUUCGGUACUUCGGAAGACGAAGCGCCCGAGCUUGAUCACAGCGAAGACGCCGACAAUGCAAACGAAGUCGCAAACCUACAGAAGGAAGCGCAUGCCCUGAAACACAUACGCGAGUCUAUGGGCUCAGAUGAAUUCCCACGCAAGGUGUUUAACAAAGUCUUCAAAGAAGAUAUCGAGCGCUUACGAAGCAUGGAGGACAUGUGGCAGACGAAGCGGCCACCGGAGGCGCUAGACUACGAUGCACUCGAAAAGCAAGCGUUGGGCUUAGACAAGGCGGUUUCAAGAAAAGAUCAAAUUACCUGGAGUGUUGCCGAAAACUUCAUCGUAUUCGUAGACAGCCUUUGCCGACUAAGCAGCCGCCUCGAAGAACAACGCUCAAGACCUGAUAGCAGCAACGCCGCGCCCAUACUCAGCUUCGACAAAGAUGACGAAGACACACUCGACUUUGUCGUCGCAAGUGCAAACCUACGCUCCCACAUCUUCGGCAUCGAAAUGCGGUCAAAAUUUGACAUCAAGCGUAAUAUCAUCCCCGCUAUUGCAACCACAAACGCAAUGACUGCCUCCCUCUGCGUCCUCCAAGCCUUCAAAGUCCUACGCUCCCAACUCGCCGCCGCGAAAAUGGUCUUCCUCACCCGCGGCACCGAACGCGUCCUCUCGAGCGAAUCUCUGCGGCCUCCAAACCCCUACUGCGCAACCUGCAGCGUGACGUAUGCAACCCUCCUCGUCGACCCCAAAAAGGCCACACUGCGCAACCUCGUCGACAUGUUGCAGCAGCAACUCCAUUACGGGGCCGAGAUUAGCAUAAAGCGGGAUAACGAUCUACUCUACGAUAUAGACGAAGAUGUGCAUCUUGAAGAGACGUUUGAGUCGCUGGGCGUGAAGGGCGACAGCUUUGUUACCGUGUGCGAUGAGGCGGAGGAGCAUGCCAAGGUCGAUGUGACAUUUUGCAUUGUGGAAGAGGAGGUUGGCGAGGGGCAAGCACGCGUUCGUUUGGAAGCCGAGUUGAGUGUGCCAGAGAAGCGGAUACAGGUAUCAGUACUGGGCACGAAUGGGAAUGCGAACCAUGCAGAUACGAAUGGCAACGGCAAUGGCGGGCUAAACGGUGACCAGACCCUCAACGCAGCGAGCAAGCGAACGGCAAGUGCGGCCGGUCUUCAGGAUGGCGAUCUCGUACGGAAAAAGGGCAAGGUAUUACUGGGAGGUAAGACCGGGGAUGCGGACGGAGAAGAAGACGAUGCAGUGGUGCUGGUUGAUGAUGUAGAUGAUGGGGUCAUUGUUUUUGAUGAUUGA